AUGGAGAAGCAUAUGGGAAACAAAGUGGGUGCUAGAACUGGGUGGAUUGUGAAAAUUAGCUCAGAAAAAAAUACAAAGAUUUGGGGAGAUCCGUGGCUUCCUAACCAAAACGGGUUCAAAGUGUGGAGUACAAGAAUAGGCUUUGAUAAGGAAACCAUAGUGGAUAGCCUAAUCAAUCAAGAAGACAGAACAUGGAACCAAGAGAUAAUCAACAAUACCUUUCUACCUUUCGAAGCAGAGCAAAUCCUAGAACUACCAUUAGACAUUCAUGCAAAGGAAGAUAGCUACUAUUGGAAGUACAAUAAAAAAGGAGAUUAUGAGGUAAAGAGAGCUUACCACCUUAUAAGAAGCCAUAACCAGACCGCAGUUCGUACCAGCACCCCAAUCCAAGCAGAGCAACAAUUUUGGAAAAAAUUUUGGAAAAUGAGAAUUCCCUUGAGAGCCCAAAACUUUGCCUGGAGACUGAUGAACCGGUCACUACCUACAAAGUCAAUUUUACAGAAGAGAGGCAUCAGAGGAACUACAGCGUGCCCAAGGUGCUGGGAGAAGGAAGUGACAAAUUCUCACCUAUUCAGGGACUGCACCUGGGCGAGGCGUUUCUGGUUUAUCUCCCCAUUUACGCUCAGAACAGAAACAGCGACCAACACCUCUUUGCAACAAUGGGUUCAAUCGAUGCUCAAUCUUUUUGGGGAUGAAAGGGGUGGGCUCUUCCUUUGCUGUCUUCACGCAAUUUGGCUCGAUAGGAACAAGCUAAUCUUCGAUCAGGAACACUCUCGGCCAGAGGCGCUGCUGGAGAAAGCACACCAAGCCUACACGAAAGCAACCAAGGCCGACCUGCAUGUCCCCUUGUUGCAAAGAACUCACCCAGAAAGCCAAAGUGCGAACAAUUGGAGGGCUCCAGAGCAAGGAAGAUACAAAGUUAAUGUAGAUGCUGCCAUUAUAAAUGAUAGGAGAGGAGGAGUUGGUGUUGUAAUUAGAGACUGGGAAGGGGUGGUUGUCCUUGCUGCCACGCUGGAGGUUGCUGCAUCAUUUUCAGUUAGAGAGGCAGAAGUAUGGGUUAUUUUUAUGGGCUUGAGCUUGGCGGCACAAGGGUGUUUUUUGGAGGUAGAAGUGGAAGGGGAUAAUGUUGAAGUAAUAUAA